UUGUCCAAAUGUGGCCAUGCUGUGGUUGCAACCCUCUACCCAUUUACCUGGCAACACACUUACAUCCCUGUCCUGCCAGCCUCCAUGAUAGAUAUUGUUUGUUCGCCUACUCCUUUUCUUAUUGGCAUCCUCUCCUGCUCCUUAACACAUCUCCAGGACCUGCCUAUAGAAGAGGUACUGAUCGUUGAUCUCUGUGCUGAUAAGUUUCUGCAAAAGGUUUCAGAUGAGGAUGAAAUUCUACCUCACAAGCUUCAGGCUGCACUUGUACAAAUCUUAGAAGAAAGGAAUGAAAUCUUGUUUCAGGAACGCUGCUACACACAAGGUGAUGUGACACUGGACUCUCUAGUAUCAGAGGCUUUUGUGCGCUUUUUUGUGGAAAUUGUGGGACACUAUUCUUUGCACAUGCAUGUCACUGAGAAAGGAGAGAGAGUAUUCCAGCGGGAGCCCUUCCGGAAGUCCCAUACGUCCCGUAGUGUGCGCCAUUUCCUAGAUAUCUUCAUGGAGACACAGAUGUUUGCUGGUUUCAUCCAGGACCGAGAGCUGCGGAAGAGUGGGGUAAAAGGCUUGUUUGAAGUUCGUGCCUUGGAAUACUUGGAGACCAUUCCAGAGACUGAGCCAAGUGGAAUGAACAAAAUCCUUCGCAGUCUGGGUAAUAAAAUGAAGUUUCUACAAAAGAAGUGAGAAGCCAAAUGCAGAAUCGCUAAGCUUUAUUUUACGAUACUGGCAAGCCAUAAUGAUGUGGCUGUGUCGCUGUGGUAUUCUAUUAGAUUCUUCAGGUCCCACUUAAAGAACUUCAGAUGACUGGAAAAAUGAACACCAAAUAUGAACAGCAUCCUUGAUCUCAGUUCUGCUUGGUCUGCUUGGAGUAUUACUGAGCAAAAAAGGAACUUCUGUUUACAGAGAUGAUCUAUAAAGCAGAAAUAACAACAGAAACUAUAUCCUUAUUUAUACUGCAUGGCUGGAAAAGAUUUUCCUCGUGUUAUUAAAAAUAUGCUCAAAGCAAUCUCAAGGCUUCAGCUCAAAGCAAUCCCAAGGAUUCAGCUGGUACCUUUUAAAAAGAGGAAGAAACCAAGAAAGAACCAGGAAUCCAGCAAAGUGGCUAUGCCAAUAUUUCCUUGAAUAGAUUCUUUGCACAAGAAAGCCUUUCUUAAGGCUGGUUGGAGGUUAUAAUCUCUCAUUGACCAUAGCAUCAGAUAUUUUAUUGGCUUGAUCAUUCAUGGUUAACUAUUGUUUGGACAUAUUACUGCAGUGUAAAGCUUUUCUCACUUUUGAAAGCAAAACAAGAAAUUUGUUUGCUAUGUUAGUCUUAAUUGUUGUGAAUGUACACACUGUCUAAUUACAAGUCCAUCUCACAUAUGACAGAGGAUAUACCUCAUGCUAAGCUAUUGUUUACUUGUCAGGAGAAGACUGUUUGUUCCCAAAUGGAGUAUGAAUAUUUUUCAAAGUCAAGAUGUUGACAUUGAAAUAGGCUAAUUUGCUGCAGAACUGAUGUAAAGGGACAGAUGAUAACUUUCAUGCAGUCUAUUUUGCAGUAAAAACUGGAAUAACAAAUUAUUCCUUUGAAGCAUCAUUCUGCUCUUUUCCCACAGCUGAAUAUCAUCAACAAUAUGCUUCCUCAUCUAAUGUUAAGUCUGUCAACUGCUUUCAAUAAAUACUGAAUUCUCUUAUUA